AUGCGCGGGCGGGACGGCGAUAGGGGGGCGCGCACGUGCGAGCGAGACGCAUACAGCAAUCGAGGACCACUCCUAAUGAAACGGGUGACAGCGGCGGCCGAGAUGGGGGCGGCUUCCGACGGCUUCGGCGGGUGGAGGGCGCGCGUGGCGGCCUGCAGGGAGUCCAGGAAGCUGGUGCUGGUUAUCGUCGCGAUAGCCCUGCUGCUGGACAAUAUGCUGCUCACUACCGUGGUGCCGAUCAUACCGGAGUUCCUGUACGACAUACGCCACCCGGACGCGCCCCUCUCGAUGUCCCUGGACGACGUGACCACCCCCGCGCCCCCGCCCACCCCCUACUGCCCCUGCAUGGAGAGGAACUCGACACCCGUGUUCGAGAAUGUCACGCACAUGAACCUGACUGCGGAGAGGGAGGAGCGGCAUAAGGAGCUGAUCCACGAGACCGUCGCCGUCGGGGUCAUGUUCGCCAGCAAGGCGAUCGUCCAGCUCAUCGCGAACCCGUUCGUGGGGCCCUUGACUCACAGGAUCGGCUACAGCGUCCCGAUGUUCACCGGCUUCAUACUGAUGUUCCUGUCUACCCUUAUCUUCGCGUUCGGCCGCUCGUACGGGGUGCUAUUCGUUGCUCGCGCCCUCCAAGGCAUCGGCUCCUCGUGCUCCUCCGUCUCCGGGAUGGGCAUGCUGGCGGAAAGGUACCCGGACGACAAGGAACGUGGCAACGCUAUGGGGAUAGCCCUAGGAGGCCUCGCGCUGGGGGUCCUCAUUGGGCCCCCCUUCGGAGGUCUGAUGUACGAAUUCGUGGGGAAGACCGCGCCCUUCCUGAUGCUGUCGGCCCUAGCACUUGGGGACGGAUUGCUGCAGCUGAUGAUUCUCCAGCCGGGCGUGGUCAGGCAGGAGACGGAGCCGCCGUCUCUACGCGACCUGGUCACCGAUCCUUACAUCCUGGUCGCUGCCGGUGCUAUAACCUUCGCCAACGUGGGCAUUGCGAUGCUCGAGCCCAGCCUGCCGAUCUGGAUGGCCGACACCAUGGAGGCACGUCGCUGGCAGCAGGGAGUAGCUUUCCUGCCGGCCAGCAUCUGCUACCUCAUAGGCACCAACUUAUUCGGACCCCUCGGCCACAAGAUGGGCCGUUGGCUCGCGGCUCUCUCCGGACUGAUCAUAAUUGGGCUCUGCUUGAUACUGAUCCCUAUGGCUCGAAAACUGGAGCACCUGAUCAUCCCGAACGCCGGUCUGGGCUUCGCCAUCGGCAUGGUGGACUCCUCGAUGAUGCCGGAGCUGGGCUUCCUGGUGGACAUAAGGCAUGCGGCCGUCUACGGGUCGGUCUACGCGAUUGGGGACACCGCCUUCUGCUUGGGCUACGCCGUAGGACCCGCCUUCUCCGGUGCCCUGGUGAACAGCAUCGGCUUCGAGUGGAUGCUGGUAAUCAUAGCCCUUCUGAACUUCGCGUAUGCUCCCUGCCUGCUGAUGCUGCGUUCCCCGCCCGCCCGAGACGAGAAACAGAGCUUGAUUAUAAGCGACAAGUCUUCGGUGCGCUACGUCACCUACCAGAAUGAAGAGGAAGAG